AAGGACAGAGACCACUUUUCAAGCUCAUGUUGCUGCUCCUUGGUACAUAGCUGCUCUGAAUGAGCAAACUCCACAGAAAAGAUGAAGUUUGAGGAUCUCUUGCUGGAAAUUGGAGGCUUUGGCAGAUUCCAGAUUUUGAUUUUGUUUAUCCUCUGCCUCCCAAGAAUCAACCUUCCCAUGCAUUUUCUGCUGCACAAUUUUCUUGCUGCUACCCCCCCUCAUCACUGUGCAAUUCCACACCAAGAGGCAUUUGUGAACCUCACCAUGGAGGAAGUUCUGCUCAUCAGCAUCCCCCGGGAGCCUGACGGCACUUUCAGGUCCUGUGAGAUGUUCUCGCAGCCCCAGUUUCACCUGCUGCUCAAUUCUUCUCUGCAACCAGAAAACAGCUCCAUCAUCCAGCACUGCCAGCACGGAUGGGUCUAUGACCACUCGCAGUUCACCUCCACCAUCUCCACCCAGUGGGACCUGGUGUGCGAGCAGCGCGGACUGAACCAGGCGACUGCAACCUUCUUCUUCAUCGGCGUUACGAUGGGGGCCGUGGUAUUUGGAUACCUCUCAGACAGGUUCGGACGGAAAGCCAUGCUCCUGCUGUCGCUUGUGUGCUCUCUCAUAUUUGGGAUGCUGAGCGCCGCCUCCGUCUCCUACACCAUGCUGUCCAUCACGCGGACCCUCACCGGGGUGGCCCUGAGCGGUGUCUCCCUUAUCGUGUUGCCUUUGGGCAUGGAGUGGGUGGACAUCCAGCACCGCACCUUCUCCGGGAUCCUGACUAGCAUCUUCUGGAGCAUCGGGAACAUGCUGCUGGCCAUGGUAGCGUACUUGGUGCGGGAAUGGCACUGGCUGUUGGUAGCCGUAACAGGACCUUGUCUUCUGAGCAUUGUCUGCCUGUGGUGGGUCCCAGAGUCUGCCCGGUGGCUCAUAGCCAAUGGCCAAGUGAAACAAGCUCACAGGCAUCUGCUUAGAUGUGCAAGAAUGAACGGAAGGAAGGACUUCGCUGUCUCACCAGAGGCCCUCAGAAGGAUGGCAACAGACAAAAAGCCAGGAGAGAGCUACUCCUACAUCAGCUUAUUCAGGACACCAGUCUUGCGGAAGAUCUCUCUGUGUUCUGGCGCUGUGUGGUUUGGUGUUGCCUUCUCCUAUUACGGCAUGAGCAUGAACCUAACUGGCUUUGGGCUCAACAUGUACCUCUCCCAGUUUGUCUUUGGCAUCAUUGAGAUUCCAGCCAAGAUAAUCAUGUAUGUGGUGGUGAAUCGGGUUGGACGACGGCAGAGUCAGGCGUGGGCACUCAUCCUGACCGGACUAUGCAUAGGAGCCAACAUCAUCAUUCCCAAGCCCUUCACCUCCUUGCGCUCUGUAGUAGCCAUUACAGGCAAAGGUUUCUCAGAAGCUGCAUUCACUACUGUCUUCUUGUACACCUCUGAGCUCUACCCCACCGUACUAAGGCAGAAUGGGAUGGGGUACACCUCCUUCGUGGCACGCCUUGGAGGGGCUUUGGCCCCACUUGUGUUUCUGCUGGACGAGGUGUGGAGGUCUCUGCCCGAGGUGACCUACUGUGGGGUAGCAGUGUGCUGCGGCUCGGUGGCCUUCCUGCUCCCGGAGACGCUCAACGUGCGCCUGCCCGAGGGCAUCGAGGACAUCGAGAAGGCAGAAGCGAAAGGGCCACCACAAAUCAGCGCUCCCGAGGGCACGCCGCUACAGUCUCUGCCGAAGUGA